GCUUGGGAUGAUGCGGGCGGCUGCGGGCUGGCCCUGCAGUGCCAAGCCGCAGCAUCCCCGUUCGCCUGGAGAGGGAGAGGGCUGCCCAGGCUGGACCCUACGGUCCUGAUCCGCGGCGCGACGGGCACUGUGCGAAACCAGCGGGGACGCCGCCCCUCCUGCGGCUGGAGCGCUUCCAGAGCAGAGGCGCAUCGCAGUGCCGCUCGCCCAGGCGUCCUCCCUUCAGCUCCGGCUCCUCCUCCUCCCCUCCAGCCCGGGCUCCUGCAGCGGGCUCCAAGAGGCAGGCGGGCGCGCCUCCCCCUCUUUUUCCUCCCCCUCGUCUCGCUCUCUAGCCGCUAACUUUCCGGAGCCCCGACCCGCGGCGCGGAGCUCCCCUGGCAGUUGCGGGGCCCACAGCCGACCUCGGGCUGAGAGCCGGGCUGUGCACACUAUCCUAUCCAAGCCCCCGGAGCGCUCCGGAGAGAACAGGACCAUGUCCCGGGCUGGGAACCGAGGCAAUACUCAGGCGAGAUGGCUGGGCAUUGGGCUUUUGGGUCUCUUCCUGCUCCCCAUGUACCUGUCGUUGGAGGUAUCUGUGGGAAAGGCCACCACCAUCUACGCUAUCAACGGCUCAGCGAUCCUGCUACCCUGCACCUUCUCCAGCUGUUAUGGCUUUGAGAACCUCUACUUCAGGUGGUCCUACAAUAACAGCGAAACAUCCAGGAUUCUCAUCGACGGGAUCGUGAAGAACGAUAAGUCUGACCCUAAGGUGAGAGUGAAGGAUGAUGACCGCAUCACCCUAGAGGGCUCCACUAAGGAGAAAAUGAAUAACAUCUCCAUCCUCUUGAGUGACCUGGAGUUCAGUGACACGGGCAGAUACACCUGCUUCGUGAGGAACCCCAAGGAGAAGGACUUAAACAACUCUGCUACGAUCUUCCUCCAAGUGGUUGAUAAAUUGGAAGAAGUGGACAACACAGUGACGCUCAUCAUCCUGGCUGUGGUAGGCGGGGUCAUCGGACUUCUCGUCUGCAUCCUGUUGCUGAAGAAGCUCAUCACCUUCAUCCUGAAGAAGACCAGAGAGAAGAAGAAGGAGUGUCUCGUGAGUUCCUCUGGGAAUGACAACACAGAGAACGGGCUGCCUGGCUCCAAGGCAGAAGAGAAGCCACCCACAAAAGUGUGAGGCCCUGCUCGGGGCCAAGCAGGGCAGGGAGCCUCACUUGCUGAUGGUGAUAUUGAUGCCGAGUCCUGUCUGAGAUGUGUGCUGCUUGGCCCAAACUGUUCUUUCUGAGCACGAAGGAUGUGGUCCUGCCCAGCUGCCAUUCCCUCCCCAGCCGGGGCUUCCUGGGGACAAGGGUUGACUGGGGGAGGAAGCCCACAGGAGAUUGGAGACAGGGAAGGGAGGGGCUGGAGUGGUGUGGAA